CCUGCAUCGCCUGGGCAGGUGCCCCACUCUAAGGUCCAAGGUGACACUAGCAAGUACCUAGGUACCCCAUCAACAGCUUUACGGCUCUUCGUCAUCAAGCAUCAACAGCAUAGAUUAAGUUGAGCCCUAUUGACUUGUUUGAGACUUGUUGCAGACACCAGUAGAGCCCAACGCCUCCACACCAACUCCUACACAAUGGCGCACAGCAAAAGAAACACAAGCCGGGCGGUCUUCACCUCCCAUGAGCGGGCCAUGGCAAAGGCUGCCUGGGGCUCCUCAUCUGCACGCCUCUCUCGCGACUCUUUCCUACCCUUCGCAUCCUGUUCCCUCUGUUUGGAGGUGGCCUUGGAUCCGGUCGCAUGCUCCCAUGGCGAUAUAUUCUGUCGCGAGUGCGCUUUAAGCAACAUAUUAGCCCAGAGGAAGGAGAUCAAGCGCCUAGAGAAGUCCAAGGAACAGGAGGACCGUGAGACCGUAGAGGAAAAGGCUCGACAAGAUGCAGAGGCGCAGGAACGAGCAAUCCGAGAGUUCGAGCUGACACAGGCCGGGCUUGAGGUCAAUGGUGGCCGUACAUCAGCAACACCGGUCGGCGCCCGAGAUGAAGAGAAUGGUUCGCCAGAGGCUCCUGAGCAGAGCAUAGUGAAAAGAGGGGAGAAGCGGAAGUUCUCCCUUGAUGAGGACGAGGUUGCGCGCAUUGCCCUGGAGGAACGGGCAAAGGCUAGGAAGGCCAUUGACGACGAGAAGGCAUCAAAACCAGUCUUGCCGUCUUUCUGGACACCGUCCGUAACACCGUCUUCCAACAAGAACAACACACUAUACGAGGUGAAGAAGAAAAGCAAAUCCCAACCGGUAUGCCCAGCCUCUCAGGACGACAAGCCGCACUACUACUCGUUGCAUUCCCUUGUCACGGUCAAUUUUACCGAAGAGAAGCAGUCAGAUACGAACAGCUCCCAGAGGAUAUGCCCGUCAUGCAAGAAAGCCUUGUCCAAUGCGUCAAAAGCAAUGCUCGCUAAACCCUGCGGGCAUGUCCUCUGCAAGAGCUGUGCCGAUAAGUUCAUGAGGCCCUCUGGCCACCACGAUCCUCACGCCCCUGACUCGGACCCCAACGCUAUUCGAUGCUACGUCUGCGAUGCGGAUCUAACGGACCACGGCCGAGGCGGGAAGAAAGAGAAGGAGGGGAAGGAGAAGAUACGACCAGGCCUAGUGGACAUCCGAAGCGACGGGACUGGGUUUUCGGCCGGAGGGUCGAACCAGGUCCAGAGAAGCAACGUAGCUUUUCAGUGCUAGCCAUGUUAGUUAGUCUAAUCGGCAUCAACAUGUAGCAGUGUCCUUCGAGCACAAUGCGCUAUUGGUGCAAAGG